AUUUCAAAGAUCACAUGUAAUCACAUGUACAGUACAGUGAUCUUUGAGCGCUCUCUAUUUUCCCAUGCUCAAAAAGAAGAAAAAGAAAUACAGCAGAAUUGUGAUUAACAAUGAAGACAACCAAUCUUGUGCUAGUUUUCUCUUUUUUCACUCUUCUCUCAGCAGGGCUGUGUGAGAGACCCCAUAAAGUUUACAAGCUGAAAAUGGAUGAGGCAUUGCUAAUAUUCCAUAAUGAACUUCCGUACAUCGUUAGUGUUUACUACACCUCAGAUUACUGUUAUAAGUGUCUUUAUCAGCCCCUUGCCACAGUUGAGAAUGGGCAGAGCAAUAUUUCUGUGGUGGUGAGCACACAAUUCACACUGACUCUAAAAAUAAUGCCUGUUGAUGGAAACGACACUCUAUGCAGUCUGAGUCAGACAUUUGAGGAAGCUGGCCAUUAUUCUCUCUGGAUGAGGUCUGGAUUGCUAAAUGAUGUAACCUGUUCUCUCACUGUGGAUAGGAGCCCGAACAACGCAUACCUGCCGCUGUUGGCGGCAUUCUUGAUUCUGGCUUCUAUCACUGCAUUUUGGGCCUCUUUGCCUUACAUACUCAGAUGCAGCUGUACACAGAGGCUAAAGAACCGUAUCUGCCAUCGCGGAUCUCUAAACUCCAUAGAUCUGGAUGAGGCGAAUAAUGAACAUUCUGUGGACAAAAUCAAAUCAAAGUCAUCAAGGCUGAAGUCACUGGACACAUUUCGAGGUGUUUUUUAUUUGUGUGUGUACAUAACUGCGUUAGUAUCCUUGUCCUGGCUACGGAUACCCGGAGUGCUCCAGCGUUUGGGUUUCACCUAUUUUGUCCUGGCACUGAUGCAGACUUUCUCUCCCCACAGAGAGAUCCCCUUGAGGGAGCAUAACUGGUGGAACCCCAUUCAAGAUUUGGUUUUAUACUGGCCUGAGUGGAUCUUCAUUGUGUUGCUGGAGACCAUGUGGCUGUGUCUCACUUUCUUACUGCCUGUUCCAAACUGCCCCACUGGUUAUUUAGGAGCUGGUGGUAUUGGAGAUGAUGGUUUACACCCCAACUGCACAGGAGGAGCAGCCGCGUAUAUUGACAGGUGGUUAUUUGGGGACAACAUCUUCUGGUAUCCAACAUGCAAGGUCUUGUAUCGUACAACCGAGCCUUUCGACCCAGAGGGUGUUCUGGGUACAAUUAAUUCCAUAGUCAUGGGAUUCUUUGGCAUGCAGGCUGGAAAGAUUCUUCUGUUUUUUCGUAAGAGGAAUAAAAGUAUCCUGGCUCGAUUCCUGAUUUGGGCCCUCAUCCUGGGAAUCUCUGCUGCCAUCCUUUCUAAGUGCACAAGAGACGAAGGAUUUAUACCUGUCAAUAAAAACCUUUGGUCCCUGUCAUUUGUUACUUGCAUGGGCUGCAUGUCCUUUGUGUUGCUGGGUCUGAUGUAUUUUGUUGUAGACAUUAAGGAAUGGUGGGGCGGACAACCUUUCAUCUAUCCUGGAAUGAACUCUAUAUUUGUCUACGUUGGACACUCUCUGCUGGGAUUUUACUUUCCUUUCAGCUGGGAGAAGCGUUUUCAGGACAGUCACUGGGAACAGCUUUUUCAGAAUAUAUGGGGAACCUCACUUUGGGUCUUCAUUGCCUACCUGCUCUACCGCAAAAGAUUCUUUCUCAAAAUCUGAUGCUGCUGUGAUGGUAUUUUUUUGUCUCAUAAAAGUCCUUGUAUUUCUCUUUAAUUUAAAUUACAGGCUAAAAUAAAGUUGUAAUUAUUAAAUAAGUGCAACAUUGUGUUUAGGAUCCAAAAUAAUUGAUAUUGAUGUUUUUGUGAGUGCUAAAUGUCUUUUUCGUGUUUGUAAAACUGAAUUUGGUGUAUUCCUCAAUUAGUUAAUAGGCAUAAGAACCGACACCAGAAGAUCAGAUUUACUGUCUUCCAUGGACACCUGCAGUGUUUUAUUUGAUGUCAUUUGUGUUAAGACCUGAACAUAGUGAUUAAAUCAAAUUCACUGAAGUGGUACUUAACAAAUUAGAACAAGUGAUUCCACCACUUGAGGGGUAGCCAUUAUAUAUGGGUUGCCAUGGCCACCCCCCUCAGGGCUGUGAGACAGAGACUGGGUACCAUCUGCUCUUCAACUGACAGACCUUUAAUAGGGGUCAAGCUGGACGGCUCACUGAGGAGUGUUUCUGGGGCCAGCACUUUUCAUGCUCACACUAAUGCAAAAUCAGUGAAAUUACACCAGCAGAUCUCCUGCAUACGGAAAUUACUGCAUAACACAAAAACCUGAUGUUUUCUGUCAAGUCAUAUUCAUGAGAUCGAAUAAAGUCCUUUGGAAGCUCUGUG